CAGAUUCCGACUUCGUUAAGCAAGGAGACGUCACAUGAAAUAACACCAGCUUGAACUGGCAGUUAAAGUUUGAACAGUCCUCUUGAGCCAACAACCCAUUACUCCUGCUCAAGCCUAAACCAACAGUAUGGCUAACAUCGGCAGGCUCUCCACCAAGGACACUGUCCUCUUCCUGUGUGACAUGCAGGAAAAAUUCAGACCCAACAUCUUCCAGUUCACCAACAUCGUCAGCAACGCAGCCAGACUUCUCCAGGCAUGUCGUGUUCUGGGUAUCCCUCCUAUUUUGACAGAGCAGUACCCCAAAGGUUUGGGACCCACCGUGCCGGAGCUUGGAGCCGGGGACCUGACAGCUCAUCCUAAAACUUCUUUCACAAUGAUGAUCGAGGAGGUGGAGAAGGAGCUGCAGGCCCUGGGAAACCCUAAACAAGCUAUUCUGUGUGGAAUAGAGGCACACGCUUGCAUUGCUUGUACAACAUAUGAUCUGCUUGAGAAGGGAAUAGAAGUCCAUAUUGUUGCUGAUGCUGUUUCAUCCAGAAGCCAGACGGACCGCUUGUUUGCUCUGUCCCGACUGAAGCAGAGCGGAGCGUACCUCACCACCACAGAGGCUGUGCUGCUGCAGCUGGUUCAAGAUGCCAAGCAUCCCAACUUUAAAGAGAUCCAGAAGCUCUUGGCCCACCCGUCUCCGGACACCGGCCUCCUGGCCUUCUUCAGUGCACUGUAGAAACCUCACCUCCUGUCCCAGUGCUCCACCCCCCAUCUGUCACCAACACACAGAUAAAGUCUACAUGUUAAUAAAAAGCUCAAAUAAUC